AUGUCACACACACAAACUGUUUCUUCCGCACCUUCUAUUGUUUCCUUCUCUUCUUCCGAAGCCUUUUGCAGAAACAUUGGUCUCUUAACUUUGGAAGAACAAAAUCGAGUAAAACAAGCAUGUGUGGCCAUUGCCGGGUGUGGAGGCGCAGGAGGAGGAUACGCUACAGCAUUGGCACGUGCUGGAUUUGGUUCAUUCGUAUUGGCAGAUCAUGACCUCUUUGAAGUGGUCAAUUUUAAUCGACAAUAUGGAGCUACUAUACAUAGUGUUGGGAAAAAUAAGGCGGAGGUCAUGCAAGAAAUUGUCUUGUCCAUUAAUCCCGAAGCAAGUGUGAAAACAUUUAAAGCAGCUAUUGAUGAAAGUAAUAUUGAGCAGUUUUUGGAAGGUGUGACUGUCGUGAUGGAUGCUUUGGAUUUUUUUGCACCUCAAUCCCGAAGAUUGUUAUAUAAAUAUGCUCAUAAGAAGGGAAUUCCAGUAUUCACAGCUGCACCAGCUGGUUGGUCGUGCGCAUGGCAGAUCUUUCUUCCCACUGGUCCAACAUUGGAAGAAUUUUGUGGAUUCACGGAUGACAUGAGUGAGGAAGAAGUGCUGAUUAGACACAUCGUCGCAACUGCUCCUGCUGGAUUGCAUUUAAAGUAUAUGAAGCCUUCCAAGAAAAUAGAUUUUAGCGUGCAUGCUGUUCCUUCCUUAGGCCCUGUGCUAACUAUGGCUCAUGGUAUUUUAGCUUGUGAAGCGUUAAAUUAUGUGACACAAAAGAGACCAGUGAAAGGCAUUCCUUACUAUGCACAAUUUGAUGUCAUGACACACAAAUUUAAAACAGGAUAUUUAAGGUGGGGCAAUAAGAGUCCAAUCCAAAAAAUUAAAAUUUGGUUUGUGAAAAGGUUAGUGGAAAAGGGAAAGAAGAUGAGAGAAGAGGAAGAAAAGAAGCAACAACAUAAUUAG